AUGCCCCCUCGGGCUGUGGUCCCCGGCCAGGCGUCGCUGCUGCCUGCGGGCUCCCUCGGGAAGGAGCUGCCUGCUCGGAGGUGGUUUCCCAAAAACCCCAGCCAGCCGCCCACCCCCCGAGCCCCGCGCUGCGUGCGGCCGAUCUGGCUCGCUAGCGUUCCCUGUGCUGCUGCAGUGGAGAAGCCCUGCCGUCCCCGGCAGCCCCGGGUGCGGCGCACGUCUUCGCUGGACACCAUCGUGGGCUCGUACCUGCUGGGACAGUGGCCGCGGGACGCGGAAGGAGCUUCCACUUCGUGCAUGAAUGACAAAGCUACCCAGACUCCAGUGUCCUGGCAUGACGCGGAAGCGGGGAAAGCCAGCUCCAGUGCUCACAAGCGUUCUGCUUCUUGGGGUAGCACAGAUCACCGCAGAGAGAUUGCCAAACUGAAGCAGCAACUCCAGCGAACAAAGCUAAAUGGCAGAAGUGGCAAAGACAAGGAGAGGAGCUCCCCGCUCCAGGGGGACCAUGCUGUCCUCGCACCGCUCAGGGACUCUCCUUCAGGCUUCCUUUCUCCAUCUCCCGUUCUGAGGCUCAGCCCCUGCUUGCACAGGAGCCUGGAAGGGCUAAACCAGGAACUGGAGGAGGUGUUUGUGAAGGAGCAGGGAGACGAAGAGCUGCUGCGGGUAAGCGAGGGUCAUGAGAUUGCCCUGAAUCUUCUGGAGGAGGGCAGCCCUUCCCCCGUCCUGGCCUUUGCCUCUUCUCCUCGACCCAACCACAGCUACAUGUUUAAACGGGAACCUCCCGAGGGAUGUGAGAAGGUCCGGGCCUUUGAAGAAGCCUCCUCCCCCAGCCCCGAUCAGACCUUUCAGCCUUCCUGCCCCGAUAAGAACAAAGUGCACUUCAACCCCACCGGUUCUGCCUUCUGCCCCGUCAGCCUGGUGAAGCCUCUCUUCCCAAACGUGGGCUUCCUCUUCAGGGGCUUUCCGGCUCCUUCCGGCCCUGUGAUCCACUUCUUCGACGCCGUCAAAGCGGAUCGCACCCGGAGCUGGCUGUACGCCGCCUGCUCGCUCUCCUACCUGGGCGCGAUGGUUUCCAGCAACUCGGCUCUGCAGUUCGUCAGCUACCCGACGCAGGCUUUGGGGAGCGGUUUGUGAUGUCGCUUCUUUGCAGUCAUGCUUUUAGGAGUGACGUUGCUGCGGAAGAAAUAUCCACCGGCCAAGUAUCUCUGCGUCCUCUUGAUAGUCGCGGGCGUGGCCCUGUUUUUGUAUAAACCGAAGAAGGCGGCUGGGAGCGAUGACCACGUCUUUGGCUAUGGAGAACUCCUCCUGCUGCUGUCGCUGACCUUGGACGGGCUGACCGGUGUCUCUCAGGACCACAUGAGAGCUCACUACCAAACGGGUUCCAAUCACAUGAUGCUGAACGUUAAUCUGUGGUCCACCUUGUUCCUGGGAGCUGGGAUACUGUUCACUGGAGAGCUCUGGGAGUUCUUGAGUUUCACAGAGCGCUACCCCAGCAUCAUUUACAACAUCCUGCUGUUCGGCCUGACGAGCGCGCUGGGCCAGAGUUUUAUUUUCAUGACCGUGGUGUACUUCGGACCUCUGACCUGUUCCAUCAUCACCACAACCCGCAAGUUCUUCACCAUUUUAGCGUCCGUCAUUCUGUUUGCCAAUCCCAUCAGUCCGAUGCAGUGGGUGGGGACAGUCCUGGUGUUCUUGGGCCUUGGACUUGAUGCCAAAUUUGGAAAGGGAGUAAAGAAGACAUCGCAUUGAGGAAAUGGCUGAUCUCUGCAGUUGGAAUGAACUUUUAAUUUAUUGUCUUGUACCUCAAAAUCUGUUAUGAAACUGGACUCAAGAUAGGUAAUCAGAAGGGGAGUGUCUGGAUUUUUUUUUUGUUUUAUUUUUUUUAAUUCUAAAUUGUCUUGAAAGUGUAUUACUUAAGUUUUAAUUUUAAUUAAGCUUUUUUUUUUUUUUCUGUAACCAAAGCUGCAUUACUAGAUCCUAGCAGCAGGAUGAAAUUCUUGCCUUAACAG